AUGACCUCAGCACCGGCGAAGCGCUUACAGCAGCUGAGCGAACAGCUCUCCAAGCCGCGAGACGACCCGGGCAAAUUUGAGAACAUACCCAAGAUUCCGAGGAUAGCUGGCGAUUCUGCCGGGCAGCGAGUAAAAGGCAGAGUAGUGAUCAUAACCGGCUGCAACUCCCCCAUAGGCAUCGGCCGCGCCACCGCCCACCAAUUCGCCCACAACGGCGCCAAAGCCGUGUAUCUGUGCGACUUCAACAACGAAUACCUCGAGGUGCACAAGCGUGAGCUAAACUCGCUGUACCCAGAUGUCGACAUCCACGUGCGGCAGUUCGACGCCGGCGACGAGCCCUCUGUGAAGAAGGUGGUCGAAGAAGCGUUGGAGAAAUAUGGCCGGCUGGACAUCGUGUUCGCAAACGCCGGGAUCAGCAGCAUGAAAGUGUUCUACGAGGCAACUGGGGAGGAGUUCAUGAAGAUGAUGAAGACGAAUGUGCUGAGCGUCUUCCUAGCCACCAAAUACGCCGCAAAAGCCAUGCUCAAGACCUCCUCCGAAAAGCCCUACCCCUCAGGUUCCAUAAUCGCCACCGCCUCCGUCGCCGGCCUCCGCUCCAACGCGGGCCCAACCGACUACUCCGCCAGCAAAGCGGCAGUAAUCUCCAUCAUGCAGACCGCAUGCUACCAGCUCUCCGGCACCGGCAUCCGCUGCAACGCCAUCUGCCCCGGCGUCAUCGAGACGGGCAUGACGAGCCAGAUGUACGAGAUGGCGCGAGCCAGGGGCACGGAGAAGAAGAUCGGGCAGCUGAAUCCGCUGAGGAGGGGGGCUGUGGCGGAUGAGGUGGCGAGGGUCGCGCUGUUCUUGGGGAGCGAUGAGGCGAGCUAUGUGAAUGGGCAGGCGUGGGCGGUUUGUGGGGGGUUGAGCGCGGGGCAUCCGUUUGUGCCGGGGAAGUUGGCGUAG